GUUUUGUUCGCGCGCAGUGUUGUCAGAUCUCGCGAGAGAAACAAGCUUUUAGCUUUCACUACAACGGACGUAACAUAGCAGUGUGGUCUUUUAAGUCUGCGUUCAUCCCUCAUUUUACGUGUGUAGUAAUUCGCCUAUCGUGUGACAAACUGCAAGAGUAUUCAUUCUUCGAGUCAGGAUACACUCGACUCGUUUCGGUGAACUUUGAAGCUUUCUCAGGAUUGGCUUAGUUUAGCUCGCUCGUUAGCUUAGUUUGCUAGUUAGCUUAGCUUGCUGGCUGCAAACAAAGAGACGCUGAAGUGAUCGACACAUCGCUAAGCACAGAUCAAGUGUGAGUGUAUAGUUUUGUGUUUAUGCGAAAAUGUGCGAAAGAAAGAUAGCAAAGUACGAGGAGGAACUUUCUCGAACAAAAGAGGAGAACAGGCGACCACUUCAAUUACGGGACGCUGUUUUCCAGAAACAUCGUGUUGUGUCGCAUGGAACAGAUGUCCAGCAACUGAUUGGAUGUCCAAAAGAAAAUCUCCCUAAGUCGCAGGGGGGGGAUUCCACUUCAAAGCAGGAGGAUCCAAAUCCCCCUCCUCUUGAAGAGGAAGAUCCACAGCCCUCUUAUUUUAACGAUGAAGAAAAUCACCCACAUUCCCCUCAUGUCAAAGAGGAAGAGGAGGAGCCACAGGCCCCCCACUCUAAAGAAGGAAAGGAGAGCGAGUGUCUUCAGGGGCAGGAGGAGGCUGAUCUCACCAAGUUCCCACUUACUGUUGUCUGUGUGAAGACUGAAGACCAUGAAGACAAUCCACCCGAGUCCUCACAGCUUCAUCCCGGUCCAACCAUCCAGCAGCUGAUUGUUCAUCAAGAAAAGCCUCUCUCUCAGAUGCUGGAGGUGAGCUCUCCUUUGAAGCAGGAGAAACCACAGCACCCCAACUUUAAAAAGGAAGAAGAAAAAGUCUGGAUCACUCAGGAGGGAGAGUGUCUUUUAGGGCAGGAGGAGGCUGAGCUCACCAAGUUUCCACUGACUGUUGUCUCUGUAAAGAUUGAAGACCAUGAAGAAAAAACACCUGAGUCCUCACAGCUUCAUCACAGUCCAAGUGAGGAGAAGAGGGAGGUGGAACCUUCAAGCAGCAGCUCACCACAACACAUGACAACAGAAGAUGUCCAGGCUCUUAAAGCUCCACAUGCUCCUCAUUUUAAUGAUGAAGAAAAGCACCCACAGACCCCUCAUGUAAAUGAGGAACAGGAGGAUCCACAGCCCCCCCAAUUUAAAGAAGAGGAGAGAGAGUGUCUUCUCGGGCAAGAGGAGGCUGAUCUCACCAAGUUUCCACUGACUGUUGUCUCUGUGAAGACUGAAGACCAUGAAGACAAACCACCUGAGUCCUCACAGCUUCAUCCUAGUCCAAAUGUCCAGCAGCUGAUUGUUCAUCAAGCAGAACCUGUCUCUCUGUUGCUGGAGGUGAGCUCCCCUUUGAAGCAGGAGAAACCACAGCCCCCCCACAUUAAAGAGGAAGAGGAGGAAUUCUGGAUCACUUCUGCCCUUCUAGGGCAGGAGGAGGCUGAUCUCACCAAAUUUCCACUGACUGUUGUCUCUGUGAAGACUGAAGACCAUGAAGACAAACCACCUGAGUCCUCACAGCUUCAUCACAGUCCAAGUGAGGAGAAGAGAGAGGUGGAGCCUCCAAGCAGCAGCUCACCACAACACAUGACAACAGAAGGUGAUGGAGACCACUGUGGAGGAUCACAAGUAGACAACCUCUUAGCUCCACUAUCAGAUAGUGACGACUCAACGUCACACGUUAAUGUAAAUAUGGAAUCACACAUGAAAACACACACAGGGAAAAAACCUUUCAGUUGUUCCGUUUGCGGUAAAAUAUUCUCCCUAAAAUGUAAUCUGCAGAUACAUAUACAAACACACACACGAAAAAAAAAUUUAAUUUGUUCAGUUUGUGCAAAAGGCUUUGUGAGAAACUCUGAUAUGACAAAACACAUGCGGACACACAUGGGAGAAAAACAUUUAUUUGGCUCGAACUGUGGCAAAAGGUUUUCUCAGUGGAGAAGGAUGCUGUCACAUAUGAGAACACAUACAGGUGAAAAACCUUUCAGUUGUUCAGUUUGCGGUAAAAUAUUAAUUCACGAAUAUAAAAUGCAAAGACACAUGAGAACGCAUACAGGAGAAAAACCUUUCAUUUGUUCAGUUUGCGGUAAAAUAUUCUCUGAUAAAAGUAAUAUGCAAAGACACAUGAGAACACAUACAGGAGAAAAACCUUUCAGUUGUUCAGUUUGUGCUAAAGGGUUUGUUACAAACUCUGAUUUGACGCGACACAUGCGGAGCCACACCGGAGAAAAACCUUUCAUUUGCUCAAACUGUGGCAAAAGGUUUUCUCAAAGGGGAAUGAUGCUUUCACAUAUGAGAACACACACAGGAGAAAAACCUUUCUGUUGUUCAGUAUGUCGCAAAAGGUUUACUGGAAAGGGAAUGAUGCUGUCACACAUGCGGACACACACGGGAGAAAAACCGUUCACUUGCCCAAACUGCGGCAAAGGUUUUUCUCGGAGGGGAACAAUGCUGUCACAUAUGAGAACACACACAGGAGAAAAACCUUUCACUUGUUCAGUUUGUGGUCAAAGAUACUCUGAUAAACGCAAAAUGCAAAGACACAUGAAAACACAUACAGGAGAAAAACCUUUCAUUUGUUCAGUUUGUGCUAAAGGCUUUGUUACAAACUCUAAUUUGUUUCGACACAUGCGGACACACACCGGAGAAAAACCUUUCAUUUGCUCAAACUGUGGCAAAAGUUUUUCUCAAAAGGGAACGAUGCUGUCACACAUGAGAACGCAUACAGGAGAAAAACCUUUCAGUUGUUCAGUGUGCGGUAAAAUAUUAUCUCACAAACGUAAUAUGCAGAGACACAUGGGGACACACACAGGAAAAAAACCUUUCAAUUGUUCAGUGUGUGGUAAAAGAUACUCUGACAAACGCAGUAUGCAAAUACACAUGAGAACACACACAGGAGAAUAACUUCAUUUUUGGAAGUUUUCAUUGAAUGGACUCCUGCAGAGUCACUAAUGGUCUACCGCAGUCCUUCUCUAAAGUCUGGACUUUAUUCCAGAUCUGGACCAUACGUCUGUUUGGACCCUGUGGGGAACCAGCCAGCCCACCUUUUUGUUAUAAAUUACAAAACACUGUCUAUCUUUUAGGUACUGGUUAAAAAUAAAUAAAUGUUUGCCAUGUUAAAAAAUACAAUGUUUUUAAUUAAGAUUUUCCAAGAUUCUUUGAAGGGGAACUACACUUUUUUUUUUUUGCCUAUCAUCUGAAACAAGAACACAUAUGUUUUCCUUAUUUUAUAAGUUCUAACUUGUAAAUAAAUGUAAGUGUAUAUGUAAUGUAGUAACAAGCACAAUCAUAAUAACAUGUCAUAUUUAUCUAUUUUGGACGUUUUAAUCAUUACCGGAACAUUUUGGUGGCGCAUUAAUUUCACAGAUGCAGCACAAUCUUUGCUAUCUCCUUCAACAAUAACUACUAAUCUUCACGAGAGCCAACAAAGGCUACUUUGGGACAAAUGAUGAUCUACAACAGACCUCUGAGCAAAAUACAGCCCACUGGCCGCAUACAGCCCAUUAAGAUUUUCAAUCUGGCCCGCCGGACUUAACCCAAUUUUUUUUUUUGAACUUUAUCAUCGAAACUGUGGCCGCCAUUAUGAUGUGCAAUGCUGUUUUCAAAAUACUGUCAGUCUUGAACUAUACAAAGUAUUCAAGGGUUGGAAUCUGCACUUUUGCAUGAUUUACAAUUUAUUACGGUAAUAUACAUCACAGCAGCUCAGACUCUGCAUCAAGCAGUGUGGGCGGGGUUUGUUUACACUGAGCGUUUCCAGAGCGGCCAGCCUGAACGGCGGAUGGCAGGGACAGAUGCGGAAGCAGAUUUUUUACAACGAAGUUCUGCUGAAAAGUGAUAUUACAUCAGAUUGUAAGUGUUUUUUUACCGUUUGUGUUCAUAUUUCAGUGUUUGUUGCAUUUUUGUUGCGUUUUGCUUUAUUGUAAAAUAUGUCGAUCAAGGAGGUGGUGCGAGAAGUAAAAAAAAGGAGUGACGUUUGUAUGUUGUUAAUAUUCAGUGUUUUAUCCUUUAUAGUUAAUACUGUAAAUCCCACAUUCUUUAUUUUCAUGUACAUUCUGAGUGUC